UAUAGAAAAAUUCCCGGUUUAUUGAACUGGUUUUGAUCGAAUCCCUUUUGUCGUUUCAUCUUUUACAAGCCUUCGCUCUCUUCGCAAAUUCGCAGCAAGCAAGAUACAGUUUCUCCGGUGAGUUGAAAAAAAAAUGGUCAAUGAAGAUUUCAUUUACAGAAUCAGUACGGAUCAAGAAUGGGAAGAGUUUCAGAAGAAUGGAUCUUCUUCUGGUGGAGAGCUCGAUAAAUCAACGGGUUGUUAUCAUCUCAGCAAACUCGAUCAGGUACAAAUGACAUUGCAGAACUUUUUCUUGAAUGCUAAGGAGGAUCUUUACCUUCUUCAAGUCGACUCUAAGAAGCUUGGAGAUGGAUUGAUCUAUGAAGCUGUGGAUGAUGUGAAUAGCUUUCCUCACUUCUAUGGUCCAGACAAAACUUUUCUUCCUCUUCCUCUAGAUUCUGUCGUCAAAGCUGAGAAGCUAACAUUCAUCAAUGGCAAUUUCAAAUGCAGCUUCUUGACUUGAUGAUCCCUUAAUCUCCAUUAUAUAGAUUCCCCGUUUAUGUAUUGCAAUGUUACUUUUCGUAAUCGAGCAAGUAAUAAAAAAAAAGCUUCUUUUUUUGUCUAUUCACGAAACAAAAACAGAGAGAACUAUUAUUACAAUGCAAGAUUAAG